AUGAGUCCAGACAAUCAUUGUCUUGAUCCAUAUAUUUUAAUGAGUAGUUAUAAUUAUCUGAGUACAGCUGAUCUAGGUGGAUGGACUCGAAUUGUUGUUGAGAAGCCAUUUGGCAAGGAUUUGGACUCGUCUGAGCAACUGAGUGCACAUAUUGGAGAGUUAUUUGAUGAACAACAGAUUUAUCGUAUUGAUCAUUAUUUGGGAAAGGAAUUGGUGGAAAACUUGAUUGUGUUUAGGGAGGAUUUUGGAACUGAGGGUCGGGGUGGAUAUUUUGAUGAAUAUGGGCAUGUCAAGUGGAACCUCACAUCUUUUUCUAUUCUUUGCCUAAUUGCUAUGGAGAAGCCUAUUUCUCUUACACCUGAGCAUAUUCGAGAUGAGAAAGUGAAGCGGAGGUCAAGAAGGCGCAACGUAUCAGUACAGAGGUUGUCAGAUCAGUGGUUUUUGAACAGUCAGGCUGAGGUCUCAGUUCCUACUACAGAGUUAGAUAUACCAAUUGUCCAGUCCAAUCCAGACAAUAUGGCAGGUUUGGAAGAGACGAUGCAUCAGCUCCAGGAAAGUAUGAAAACCAUGCAGCAGGAUGUUGCCCGUCAGGCAGAAGUAUCUGCACGUCAAGCUGAGGUAGUAACCCAACAGGCAGAUUUAAUUGCCAGACUACAGUAG